AUGCAGCCUCUUCUCCUUAUCAGUACAUUUUUGUUCGGCAUGGCCAUGGCAGCCCCAGUACCGCAAAGCGAGGAGGGUGGACUAUUGGGAACUCCGAUCACGGGCGACAUCGGCCUUUCUGGUCCUACUGGCAAUCUCGAUAUUAGUGGUGAAGUGAGUGAGAGCCCUAAGCCGUACAAGGCGAUUAUUCAGAUAAAGAACUAA